AUGGAUAGAAUCAGUAGUCUACCAAAUGAAAUGAUUUGUCACAUUGUAUCAUUCCUUUCUGCAAAAGAAGCUGCUUUCGCAACACUUCUCUCAAAGAGGUGGCAGAAUCUCUUUACCAUCAUACCAACUCUUCGUUUCGAGAACAGUCAAGGGAGCUUCACUGAUUUCUUGGACGGAGUAUUGGCUUUACCGGCCAGUUCACGCAUUAGGAAAUUCUCUCUAAUAUUUUCCAGUCCUGUUGAGCCAGCUCGUUAUGUUCAUGUCAACCGUUGUCUCUGUUAUGUUCUGAAGAGUGGCGUCUUGGAUCUCGAAUUCAACAUAAACGCUAAAGAAGGAUAUUUAUUGCCAUCAGAUAUCUUCACUUGCAAGACAGUUGUUAAGCUGAAACUAGGAAGCGGGUUUGGUAUUGAUUUCCUCCCUGAGAAUGCUUUACUUCUUGCGCUUAAGACACUCUUUCUUCGUUCAGUUCGGUUCUACAGUCUUUGUGGUUGUUCGUUCCAUAAGCUUCUCUCUGCUUGCUCUGUUCUUGAGGAACUAACCAUAUAUGAUGUGUCGUGGGAAAAAUGGCAGUGGUCUCACGUUGUGUCUAGUCCAACUCUUCAGAGACUAAGUAUUAGACGUGCAGAGUAUUCUGGUUUUGAUGGGUCCUCUUUUGGCGGCAUUAGUUUCGACACUCCAAGUCUUGUCUUCUUACGGUGUGAUGAUUUUGUUCCGGCAGAGUAUCCAAGUGUUAACUUUGACUCACUUGUCGAAGCCCAGCUCGAUCUUAUUCUGACUGUAGAUCACGUUUGGGCUAUAAACGAAAAUGAUCCUAUCACAAGUGACCCUACUAAUCUGAUUAGGGGGUUAAGAAAUGUUCAGAUCCUGGAUUUCACAGCACCUGACACUAAGGAGAUGUUUUAUCUCUUCCGUGAAGCAAUCCCAGUGUUUGAAAGCCUGCAUCGUUUAUCUUUCUCAACUGAUGACGUGAAAAAUUGUUGGCCACUCUUUCCGGUUUUGCUAAAGAAGACUCCAAAUUUGAAGACCCUCGUCAUCGAGGGUCCAUUGCAUUGCGCUGAAGAUGAAGAAGUAUCCCACUCUAUUUGCGAGUGCUUGUCAGGGUAUUCAUGUUUAUUGUCAUGUCCGGUGGAGGUUUUGAAGAUCAAUCGUUACACAGGAGCUAUCAACGAGUUGGAGCAUUUCAAGCAUUUUUUAGGGAAAUUGUCGUGUCUUAAGUUGGUCAAAGUUCGUGCUCGCUCAAAUACUUGGCUAAGAAACAUGGACGAGUUGCAAAUCACCUCUGAUUUGCUAAUGAUUCCCAGAGCUUCGGUUGACUGCAAGAUACAGGUCAAGUUUCAUUGA